UCUUCGUUUUCCUUUGACUGCAUCGAUGCUGAAUUUCUGUUUUCCGCCAUUGUUAGUUACUGAUCAAUUACUUUCUACCAUGAAAAAAUCUGUAGGAACGGGAAGCAAGUCGACGAUCCUAAUGCAAUCGAUUUAGACAUUGACAAGAAAUUCCUUGGCCUUCCUAUCAAGUCAGCCGUCGGCAAGUUUCAACUUCUUCCUGAAUUUUUGAAGCCUAUGAUUAUUAACGCACAUAGUUUAAUCAUCUGGUUUCAAGUAAAAGGUCUGGUUCGACAACGCUUGCGAUUCCUUAACUACUUCGUGAAUACAGAAAUUAAAAAGAUAGUCAAGGCCAAUGAUCGAAUUGAAUCCAGCAAUGAUCGUAUUUAUUUUAGGGUACACGUUUUUCAUUCAUGUCUCUAGCAUGUUCAUUGCUGCAUCGAUGCUGUCGGCUUCUUGUUUUACACUCGUUUUUCAUUCAUGUCUCUAGCAUGUUCAUUUCCUACUUGUUUCACACUUGUCGGCUUCUUCCUUUAGUACUUCGCUACAGGUAUGAGAAUGCUGAGGAGAGCUGGAAAAAUUGGCGAGUUUGCCAAUGUGUUUGUGAAUGAGAAGCAGUCGAAUGACAGUGGGAAAAAUGAUUGAACUCCUUGGAGGAAAAGCAGGGGCUUCAUGUGGCAGGUUUCACUAUGGUAGUGCAUUUGGAGAGCCAAGUGGUGAUGCAGACGAAGUUGCUGCUUAUAAGCCUUACAUUGUUUAUUUAGAAUCACAAUUGGGCUAUGCUGAUUCAAAACAUUGUUCUAUUCAACAAGCACAAGUAUCCCACUAUAAUCUAUUGGGAUCUUUGUUGGGAAGUCAAGAAGCAGCAAAGGAAUCAAUUUUGUACUCCUAUACGAGAUCUUUCAACGGUUUUGCAGCCAUACUCAACGAGAAAGAAGCAGCAGAUUUAGCGAGAAGCCCACAAGUGAUAUCAGUGUUGGAAAACAGAGGGAGAAAAUUGCAUACAACAAACUCAUGGCGUUUUCUUGGGGUGGAAGAUGAUGAAGGAAUCCCUUCCAAUUCCAUUUGGAAUGCUGCACAGUUUGGUCGAGAUAUGAUCAUAGCCAACAUUGACACAGGCGUUUGGCCAGAAUCAAAGAGUUUUAGCGACGAAGGGUAUGGACCCGUCCCAUCAAAGUGGCAAGGCACGUGUCCAGAUGACCCGAGCUUCCGUUGCAAUAGGAAGCUGAUUGGAGGAAGGUAUUUCUACAAAGGAUAUAAAUUCGCCGGAGGCGUUCUCAACGCCACUUUUGAUUCCAUACGCGACCACAAUGGACAUGGGACCCACACACUCUCCACUGCCGCCGGCAACUUCGUCCCCGGAGCCAACAUUUUCGGCCAUGGUAACGGCACGGCCAAAGGCGGCGCUCCAAAAGCCCGCGUCGCCGCCUACAAGGCCUGCUGGCCUCUCAUACCCGAAGGAGAGUGCUUCGAUGCCGAUGUCCUCGCCGCCUUCGAAGCCGCCAUCAACGACGGAGUCGACGUCAUAUCCGCUUCCCUCGGUGGAGGCGACCAAGAAUUCUUCAGAGAUCCUGUUGCUAUGGCUGCCUUCCACGCCGCUCAACAAGGCAUCAUCGUCGUCUUCUCCGCUGGUAAUGACGGUCCUAAACCGGAAACCGUCGGCAACGUUGCGCCGUGGGAGAUCACCGUCGCUGCGAGCACCACCGGGAGGAAUUUCGUCAGUAACGUCGUCCUUGGAAAUAACAAAAUCCUAAAGGGCUCGAGCCUUUCGUCAGUUUCCGCAUUACCACAGUUCUAUCCAUUAAUCGAUUCUGUGGAUGCGAAAUUCAGCAACGUCAACGAGUUCCAAGCGAAAUUUUGCGGCGAGGGAACGCUUAAUCCGAAGAAGGUAAAGGGGAAGAUCUUGAUUUGCACUGCAGGGAAGAUUACAGGAGUUGAGAAGGGUUACAAUGCUGCGGAAGCAGGUGCUGUGGGGAUGAUUUUGGCUACCAACAUUGACAAUCUGGACGAAAUCAAACCUGAGUUGUAUUUCCUUCCAGCUUCGGGUAUAACCUAUUCCGAUGGCGAAUUGCUUGACGAUUACAUCAACUCCACCAGUACACCAGUGGCUCAGAUAAUGAACGUAAGAACAGAGGUGGAACUAAAUCCAUCUCCGGUCGUUGCUGCAUUCUCAUCCAGAGGUCCCAAUCCGUUCGAGAAGGCCAUCCUCAAGCCCGACAUAACAGCUCCGGGUUUUACCAUAUUAGCGUCUUACCCCACCACAAUAGCCCCAACCCGUUCAGGCUUCGACCAACGGCGCACCCCCUUCAAUGUAUUCUCCGGUACCUCCAUGGCCUGCCCUCACGUCUCUGCCAUCGCCGCCCUUCUCAAGUCCAUUCAUCCCGAAUGGAGCCCUGCUGCAAUUAAGUCUGCCCUUAUGACCACGGCCAAAACAAGCGACGACAACAACAACAACGACUUGCUGCUCAAUGCCACCCCAUUCGCUCUUGGUGCAGGACAUGUUCGUCCAAAUGAUGCAAUGGAUCCUGGCCUUGUAUAUGAUAUUACUGCCGAUGAGUACUUGAAUUUCUUGUGUGCUCGAGGCUACGAUGCAAUUCAACUUAGGAGAUUCAGUAAGCAGCCAUUUGUUUGUGAGAAAUCAUUCAAAGCCAUAGAUCUCAACUACCCAUCCAUCUCAAUUCCAAAUCUAAACGUGAAUGCUCCGGUGACAAUCAAUAGAAGAGUUAAGAAUGUGGGAUAUCCAGGGACAUACGUGGCCCGAGUCGAGGUACCAGAGGGGGUUGCAGCAUCGGUUGAGCCAAGUACGUUGCAGUUUAGCAGUGUGGGUGAAGAGAAAGCAUUCAGGGUUGUAGUGCAAAACACGGGAGAAUUGAAACAUGAAGGUUAUGUGUUCGGGAAAUUGAUAUGGUCCGACGGAAAGCAUUCAGUAGGAAGUCCCAUCUCAAUGAAAUCUACGAUGCGAUUGACAUGAUGUAAUUUGACAUUGAAAAUCAUGUUGUUCAUGACAAUACUCCAUUCUUAACAAAAUCCAACUUUUUAUUUAAUGACA